AAAUACCAUUAAAACGCGCGUAAACUUUUAAUCGAAUUUGUUUGCCUUCUUCGUUCGAAACGUUCAAUUUACAAUAUUUUGUUAGAUUCUGGAACAUAAAAAUUAUUUAUAAUAGAAUGGAUUCGCCAAAAUCUAAAUAUGACCCUACUGUUACGGAAAACAUGAAAAUCGAUAGUUUAGAUUCUCUUGGACCAUUUCUGAGGUCAAAGGAUAAUGGGAAAAAUUAUACAUACAUUUCUGAAAUUCCCCAACUUUGCAAAAAUGAACCGUGCAUCCUUGGAGUAGAUGAAGCCGGCAGAGGACCUGUUUUAGGCCCUAUGGUAUACGGAAUAGCGUUCUGUCCAACAAACAAAAAAGAUGUCCUUAAAAAACUUGGUUUUGCUGAUUCCAAGCAGCUUACUGAAGAAAAGCGGGAUGCCAUUUUCGAUGAAAUGAACCGAGAGAAUUAUGCUACUGAGUGUAUUGGCUGGGCGGUGGAAGUUAUCUCCCCCAACGAAAUCUCUAUGAGUAUGUACCGCCGCUCAAAACAUUCCCUCAACGAAGUUUCAAUGGAUUCGGCAAUCGGUUUGGUUCACAAAGCCGUGGAGGCAGGUGUCAAUGUUGCCGAGCUGUACGUAGAUACGGUGGGCCCACCAGAAAAGUAUCAAGCCAAAUUGCAAGCGAUUUUCCCCAAGUUCAAAAUCACAGUAGCGAAAAAAGCUGAUAGCACUUAUCCGAUCGUUUCGGCGGCCAGUAUUUGUGCUAAAGUAAGCAGAGACCAUGCGUUGAAAGUAUGGGAAUUCCGUGAAAAGGUAGAUUCGGAGAUUCAGUUUGGCAGCGGAUAUCCUGGAGAUCCGGCAACACGAAAGUUUCUGGCCGAUUACGAGCUGGUCUUCGGUUAUCCUCGUUUAGUUCGCUUUAGCUGGGCUACUGCAGAAAAAGCCCUUGAGAAAAAAGCUUAUGACGUAGAGUUUGAGGAUGAUGACGACGAACAUGAGAAACAGAAAGCUACGUAUGGAAGCGAAAAGCUAUCCAAAUACUUUUCAGUAGACCGGAAUGAUCAACGUAAACGUCAUGAAUAUUUCCACGAACGGUGUCUUGUUCACGUUUCAGAUAUUUAGAAGUAGUCACCUAUAAUAUUGUUUUUUGAAUACCGGUAAUAAAAAAUCAAGCAAAAAUAAAAUAA